AUGAUGAUGGUGGUGGUGGUGGUGGUGGUGGUGGAGGAGGAGGAGGAGAAGAAGAAGAAGAAGAAGAAGAUGAAGAAGAAGAAGAAGAAGAAGAAGAAGAAGAAGAAGAAGAAGAAGAAGAAGAAGAAGAAGAAGAAGAAGAAGAAGAAGAAGAAGAAGAAGAAGAAGAAGAAGAAGAAGGAGAAGGAGAAGGAGAAGGAGGUGAACCCGACGACGAAACUUAGCAUACGGCCUUGUUGUAAGCAGAUCGUGGCCGGAAGCAAGCGUUCUUCUAGACAGCGUACGGCACCAACCCAGGCACUUGUGGUGAAUGACCAGUCAUCCUUUUAG